AUGCUUGGAAGCCGCAAAGGUGUCAAUCUUCCUGGAACUAUUGUCGACCUACCAGCUAUUUCUGAUAAGGAUAUUCAGGAUCUGAAAUUCGGCAUCGAACAAGGCGUCGACAUUGUUUUCGCCUCUUUCAUUCGUAACGCGGACGGAAUUCGUACCAUUCGAAAGGUUAUGGGUGAAAAAGGCAAGGACAUAAAAAUCAUUGCAAAGAUCGAGAACCAGGAAGGUAUGGAUAAUGCUGAUGAGAUUAUUGCGGAAUCCGAUGGUAUUAUGGUGGCCAGAGGUGAUCUCGGAAUUGAAAUCCCUGUCGAGAAGGUGUUCCUUGCCCAGAAGAUGUUGAUCGCCAAGUGCAACAAAGCUGGUAAACCAGUCAUUUGUGCCACCCAAAUGCUGGAAUCUAUGGUGAAGAAACCGCGCCCAACUCGCGCCGAAGGCAGUGAUGUUGCCAACGCGGUUCUCGAUGGAGCGGACUGUGUGAUGUUGUCAGGUGAAACAGCAAAAGGAGACUACCCUAUCGAGGCUCUGAAGAUCAUGCAUUUCAUCUGCAAGGAGGCAGAAGGCUGCUUGCUACCAUCGCAGAUUCUUCGAAGAAAUUAUCAUAAACACCCCAAGACCAACCGACGUGACACAAACUAUCGCUAA